AUGUUCAUGUUCAUGUGGUACAUCGUUUCGUCGUCCUCGAGACUGAUCGUUAUCAACAAUUAUAAUUAUUAUUACCCUUUCCCGUCACCAACCACCGAAAUGGACGCUGAGACCACGACACAAGACGAUGUCAUAAGCCUAACCACAACGUCCACUGCGAAAAACAAUUGUCAAUCGCUGCCGGAGGCCACCACGUGUCGUCCACAACGACCGAUAUUCACGAUCCGAUGUCCUAUAGUGCUUCAGUGGCCAUUCCGGAAAUCGCCGUCUUCAUCGUGUUCGCCGCCAACGCCUUCGCCGUUUCCAACACCACCAUCACCGUCGUCGUCAACGGUAUCUCUGCCGCAAACACCUCUGUCGUCAACACUUCUGCCGUCAACACUUCCAUCGUCAUCACUUCCAUCGUCAAUAUUUCCGUCGCCACCUUAUCCGCUGUCACCAUACCCUUCGUUGAUUACCUCACACACGACGACACUACCUCCUUGCACUACGACCGCGAACUGUCCACCGUCAUUGGCUACCACUGACGAUGAGCUAUUGUACGAGUUACUGUGGAUAUCAUCUGCAACCGCAACACCGCCCCCAGUUAGGAUUUGGACGGUAACCGCCUCGACUAGUAGCCGUCUAACAACGUAUUCCGCCACAUGUCGGUCGUCUGUUGAUCGUAUACAACCUACCAUGUUUGCGCCUAAGGUUGCUCGUAAACGGCGUCGUGUUAAUAAAGUUUUAAGAUUUUAA